AGGACUUGCGAUCGGAAAUGACCAAGAAUCAGCUGUGUAAAAUCAACUCUACAUCUGUGGAAAAAUACCUCCGUUGUGAUUUUUUUUAAAAUUAUUAACACUAAGCCAAUAAUGAUUAUUCUGUAGAGCUGUACGAAGAACACAUUGAGUUCUCUGUUGGAUAUAUAAAGUACAGCACACAUCGAUAACAUUAAGUCAGUCAACAGUGCCUAACAUAAACAUAAAUUAAUGAGGCAGUCUUGCGUUACCGCAUUAUCGUUGUGAACACCGGAGAGUCUUCUUUGGGAAAGAAUUGUUGUUUCAGAAUGUCAGAUGAUGUUGUCCUGUUGAAUGUACCUGUAAUCCGGCAGCUCUAUCACUGGGACUGUGGACUGGCAUGCUCACGAAUGGUUCUAAAAUACCUCCACCCUGUGAGCGAGGAGGACUUUCAGAGUGCGUGCUGGGACCUGAAGUUGACGGAGAGUGUGUGGACCAUUGACCUGGCCUACCUGAUGUGUCAUCUGGGGGUCAAACAUCGCUUCUGCACACAGACUCUCGGGGUGGACAAGGGCUUCAAGAACCAGUCUUUCUAUAAGAAGCACUUUGACACGGAGGAGGACCGGGUCAAUGAGCUCUUCCUGUGUGCUGAGAGCAGAGGGGUUGUGGUGAAGAAGUGCUCUGUGAGUAUACAGGAGCUUCAGGCCCAUGUGUCCGAGGGCCAUGUGGCAAUUGUGCUGGUGAACGCGGUGCUGCUGGUCUGUGAGCUCUGUUCCAUCCCGGUCAAGUACUGCUGCUUCCUGCCCGUGGGACAGAAGUGCUUCUGCAAGAAGCCCGACUACCAGGGACACUUUGUGGUGGUGUGCGGCUUCAACCGCGCCAACGGAUCCAUCUUCUACAACAACCCCGCUUUCUCCGACCGGGUGUGCUGCACCAGCAUCACUAACUUUGAGGAGGCUCGCCGCAGCUACGGCACAGAUGAAGACAUCCUCCUCAUCUUCAAGGAGAGCUGAUUGCACGCAGCGACAAUCCCAUCUGACCGGGUAGACUCCCCACCAUCGCUUUCCCAUCAGCCACCUGUGCCCAUGGCUGACGCCUGGAGUGGUAUAGGCACAGAGUCUGGACUGUAUUAGAGCAAUGCCCCCCCCCCCCCACACACACACACACACACGGGUCAGUCCAUCUACAGCACAUGGGGUGCUGCUACUCAAUGAAUUCCCCCCUGAAACAUUAGCUGGACACCCAUGCAAGCAGAAGCAGCAGCUGUAAAUGACAUCAAAAUGACAUUGCUCACCUGUGAGUCUCCAUCGGCCACUCUAUUUGGAUGUGCUCAUGAGUUUGUGCUGCCGUCUGGGCUCUGUUUGCGAGUUUCUCUGCGUCACCGGCCCGGCCCUUGGAAGAGCAGCCUUUUGCCGAGAGGUUGGGGGGGCGAGGAGUACAAAUGAACUGAUUAUGAAGUCCCUUGAACAGUGGUCUGUGUCGGUAAGUAGUUGUGUGUAGUGUCCUGACAGCCUCCUGAGGAAGCCCUGUGCAUUUACAAAACCAGUGUUUGAAGACUGUUUUAAAAAUGGGUGAAAGCGGGAGGAUCUGGUCCAUAAACUCAGGUAACACCCAUGAAGACAAACAUGUGAACUGUCAAAUGAAUUGUGCAGAGUUGACCCCCCCCCCCCCCCCACAAACACACCCACCCUCUGCCGCACCUGCCCCCUGAUACCCCCUGAUACCCCCUGAUACCCCCCUCCCAACCCUCUGUCCCAACAGCCCCCCUCUCCCUACUGCCAGUGUUCAACUGCAGCAGGGCUGAACCAGUAUUUUAACAUCAUAAGGUAAAAGGUGAACCUCAGUACUGUAUUUUAACAUCAUAAGGUAAAAGGUGAACCUCAGUACUGUAUUUUAACAUCAUAAGGUAAAAGGUGAACCUCAGUACUGUAUUUUAACAUCAUAAGGUAAAAGGUGAACCUCAGUACUGUAUUUUAAUAUCAUAAAGCAAAGGAUGAACCCCAAUACUGUAUUUUAACAU